CGGGAAGCGAGAAUGUACAGCUGAUUUUGACAGUUCCCUUAUGAGUAAACUAAAAAUGAUGGUUUUUGUGAAUUAUACUAAGAAAAAUUAUUCAUAAAUCGUAAUUUUUAUUGUAUUAAUAGUAAAUUUAUUUAAGGAUUUAGCUUAUUGUUUUAUAAAUUAAGGUGCCAAAAUGUCUAAUACUUCAACUCAACCUCCUCCAGAUGAAAAGGCAAAACCCUCAAAUUUAGUUAGUACCUCUGAACUGAGCACUAGUGCCUCAUCAUUAGCCAGUGUUGCCUCAUCAAAAAGUGGAAUAAGGCCGCCUAGUAAAAUUGGUAGGCUGUGUGGGGAUAGACAUAAGCCUCCUGUACCUACAUCUCCUCCUAGAAGUAGUAGUCCGGCCUCAUCCAUGGACGGCCUGUGGGAUCUCCAUCCGCGAAGACUCAGCGAGGCUGGCCUCAGUCGUCAUUCAGAUUCCAGUCAAAUUUUAACCGAAGACACCGACAGCUUCAUAAUAGGAGAAAAAGUAUGGGUGGGAGGUACCAAGCCGGGCCACAUCGCUUUUAUUGGAGAAACCCAAUUCGCCCCAGGAGAAUGGGCUGGUAUUGCUUUGGACGAACCUAUUGGUAAAAAUGACGGUUCCGUCGGUGGAAUAAGGUACUUCAUGUGCGAACCCAAGAAGGGGGUGUUUUCAAGACUCACGAGACUUACUAGGGUGCCUUUGGUGCAAGACCACGGAGGGUCUGGGGACACAUUUACCUCGCCCCAUAAUGGGAGUAUACGGAAAAGUCCGGCGUAUACUCCAUCGCCGACAGAAACAAAUAGGAGCAUAUUAAAAUCACCGAUGUCAGUUUCUGGUUCCAACCAAAGUCUCUCCUCCGCCCACGUAGAUUACAAAAUAGGCGAUAGGGUGAUCAUAAAAAGUAGCCAAGGCUCCAAAGUGGGCACCGUCCGUUUUAUGGGUACCACAGAGUUCGCGCCCGGCGAAUGGGUCGGCGUCGAACUGGACGAACCCAGAGGAAAAAACGACGGUUCUGUAAACGGGACUAGAUAUUUCGAAUGCCAACCGAACUUCGGCCUCUUUUCGCCGGUGGCGAAAGUGUCCAAGUCGCCGUCGAAAGUGCGUCCGAGUCAGUGUCAAGUGCACUCGCCCACCGGCGGGCUGCCACCUACCGGCAUGAAACGAUCCAAUUCGAAAGAGUCGAUGACGUCGAACCUGUCGAUGAUGAGCUCCGCCUCUACGGCGGCGCGAAGGGUAAGACUGGGUGUGACGUCACUUGCUCCGAAGAAGGUACCAUCGAAACAAAGUCCUGCACCAGUACCCACAAGAACCGCACUACAGGACGUACUAAAAGAAAAACAAGAACACAUCGAGCAGCUGUUAAAAGAGCGAGAUCUCGAGAGAGCAGAAAUCACUAGGUCGGCCCAUCAAGCUGACGAAGCGGAACAAAAAUACCUGGCGCUAUCACAAGAAUUUGCCAAAUAUAGAGAACUUGCGGAGCGAGAGAAACAGGCUCUUCUCGCUCAACUGGACGAGCUAAGAAAUGAUUUAGUGUCUCAACUGGAAGACGAGAAAAAGAAGAACGAAGAUUGGCAAUUCAAGUUUGAGGAGGCGGAGAUCUUGAGGGCAGACCUCGAGCGAAUAAUUGCCCAACAUGACAUUGCCAAUACGGAAAACCUUAAGAGAAUCCAGGAACUGGAACAGAGUCUCAUUGCUGAGAGGGAAAAGGUAGAAAAUCUAGAAGGUGACGUAAAUAAACUUUUUGAAACCGAAGAAAGUUUGAUUCAAGCCAAAGAGGAUAUAGAAAAAUUGAGAAGAGAGUUGCAGGAGACCAAGAGCCGACAUGUGGCUCUUGAAGGGGAUACUGCCACAACUACAGUACUCAUAAAAUCCCUUCAAGACGACCUGGACCAAAGCAGGAAAGACAACGAUGAAAAAUCUGAAAUGAUAAACGUACUGAAGCAAGAAAUCUCCGCACUACAACAAGAACAGGAGACGUAUAAGAAGAAACUUGAACAUAGCGGAGACUUGUUAAGAGAAUCCGAAGAAAAAUCACUACAAAAAGAUCAAAACAUUGAAACACUGAAAGCUGAAAUAGAAACCUUAAGCAAAACCGCUAGCGAGAAAACUAAAAUGAUCGAAAAGUUACAAGCUGACAAUCUUAAUAUCGAAACGAACUCACAAAAGGAACUUGACAAAUUAAAAAUGGACCUAAGCUCCAAAAUAACUGAUUUCGAAGCUGUUUCUGACAAGCUUGUCGCCGCUGAAACUUCAUUAGCAGAUCUCACAGCUAAGAUCCAAGUGCUUGAAACCAAUUUAGAAGCGAAAAAUCAAGAGUUGCACAGUUAUCAAAGCAAUCUGGGCGAUUUGGAGUCGAAGUUAACGCAAGAGCUUCAAAGCGUGAAAAAUGAGUUGGAAAUUAAAGUAAAAGUAAACGGUGAGUUAGCCGAGAAGUUGCGAUUCACCGAGGAACAAUUUGCAGAACUUCAGAAGCUUCACCACGAAAGUUGCGCCGUAAUAGAGGACCUAAAGAAAAACAUUGAUAGCCUAAAUGGUUCCAGUAAACAAUUAAGUGAAUCUCAUAGAAAAGAAGUUGACGAGCUUAAAGGUGAAGCUGCUAAGCUGUCAGCUCAAAAUGAAGCUCUUCAAGAAGAGCUAAAAUUGCUUAACGAAGAAAAAGCGAAGACCAUUGAGGACCUUAACAAGAAACUGAAUGAUAGUGAGGAAAAAAUUAAACAUCUACUGUCCGAUUUAGAAAGCAGCAAGAGAUCUUGGGAAGAAAGCUCCCAGGGGCUUCAAAAGAAGCUCGAUGAAGAGCUUAAUAGUCAUAAUGCAAAAAGUAAGCAGCUUAAUGAAGAACUUCAAAAUGCCACACUACAAAAUAACCAGCUGAUUGAAGAACUGAACGUACUGAAGGCCACCUUAGAAAGUAAAUCCAAGCAGUUAGAUUCUUCCGCCCACGAACACGAAAGUAUCAAAGUGAAACUUGAGGAAGAGUUAAAUUCUAAAACGGAGAAACUCGAAGAAACUUUAAAGAAACUUACUGAGAAAAACAACCAAAUUCAUACUUUACAAACAGAGUUGCAAACUACAAAACUAGACUUGGACUCUAAAUCGAAAGAUUUGAUACAAUAUCAGUCUAAUCUCAGUGACGUUGAGGGCACCCUUAAAAAAGAAAGGGAUGACCUACACGAGUCCUUAAAGCAUAAAAUAGUGGAGUUAGAUGCUGUUAAGAAAGAGCUAUCAGAUGUUAUUGCUCAAAAGGACAUAAAACUUACAGAGCUUCAAAGUGAUUCCAAAGAAAUGGGGGAGAAUAUUGAAAAACUCAAGAGCGACUUGGUGUCACAAAAAGAAGGCUUUGAGAGAAUGAUGAACGAACUAGUUGAAUCCCGAAAACAAGAAAUCAAUCAGAAAGAGUUGGAUAUCGUAAAAGUUUCUGAAGAACUAAACAAGAAAGAGUUAGAACUUAAGAACUUAACCACCGAGAAACUUCGAAACUCUGAAGAAACUUUAAAACAAGCCAGUUCACAAAUAGAAGCCUUAACAUUGGAACUGCAGACUAUGAAAGACCAAAACAAGACUGAUUCGGAGAUAAUAAGCAAUUUAAAAACCGAAAUACACUCCCUUGCUGGUUUAAAAACAGAACUGGAAGUCACAACUAAACAAAUAGAUGAACUAAACCAGACCUUCACUAAAAAAUCAGCUGAAUUUGAAGCACAAAUAAGUGCUAAAGAUAGUGACCUGAGCCAAGCCAGAGCAACUAUUGACCAAAAAGAUUCCCACAUUAACAAACUGAACUGUGACCUCACAAGUGCCAAAUCGGAGUGCGAAAAACUCAAUGAGGAGAUGCAGCAGUAUCAAAACAACUUUUCAGAUAUUGAGACUACUUUAAGGCAAGAGAGAGACGCCAUUAAAACCGAGCUGGAUGCCACAUCUAAUAGACUUAACACUUUAACUGAAGAAAUUAGCAGAGCCAAUGAACUGUCGGCGUCACAAAGGGCUCAAAUACAAUCUACUGAACAAGAGCGAGACUCGGCCAGAGCUGAUUUAGAAUCUAAAGUACAAGAACUGAAAGAAAUUAGGCAACAACUCUCCGAUUUAAAUAACAAUUUGGAGGGAAAGCUUAGUGAUGAAUCUAGCUUGAAGAAAGAGCUGGACAGUGUCAAUUUGGUGCUGAAAGCCAAAACGACUGAAAUGGAUUUGGUUAAAGCGGACAUGGCGAAAUUAGUAAAAGAGUUAGAAGAUAAAUUGGUGCAAAGCAAUAAUGCCCUGGCCGAAAAGACGGAGAAGAUCCAUGAAAAAGAAGAUGAAGUACUGCAAAUGAACGAGAAUCAAAAGAAGUUCAUCAGUGAACUAAUGGAAGAUCAUAAAGCAAAAAUUACUGAAGUAAACAAGAAAGUUGAAGAACUAGAAAGAAUGGUUCAAAGCAAAACUGAGUCUGUUGACACUCUUAGUAAGUCUUUACAAGAAUUAAAGAAUGACUUGACAGCAAAGGAAAAUGAGGCCAGCAAAUUAACCAAAGAGAUAAUGGAAUUAAAAGAGAGUAAUCAGACAACUAAUGCCCAAAGCACUGAAGCAGUCAAGAGGUUGGAAAAUGAAAAGCAAGAGCAUCAAAAUAAAAUAAAACUUCUAGAAACCGAAUUGGUCAAUUCCAGACAAGAAAAAGAAACUUUGGGAGCCCAAAUGCAACGAGCUACCAAUAAUAAUGUGACCCAACUAGAGGAUCUUGAAAAGAAACUCCUGGAAAAGGAUGAAAUUAUCAAGUCUCUAACGCAAGAAGCUACACGCCUCAAAGAGAAUAACGAAAAGGCGGCAAGUGAGUUCACAGAAAAAAUCAGUGCAGUAGAACUAUCUGAAAAAUUAUUAAAAGACAUGGUGUCUGAGAUGCAAACCGAAUUAAAAGAAUCUGCUAACUUUAAGUCUAGUAUAAGUAGUUUACAAGCUGAUAUAAGUAAAAAAGAUUUUACCAUAGCCAGUAAGGAUUCUGAGAUAGCCAAGUUAAAGGAGCAAGUAGGCAAGUUGCAAAGUCACGGUGCUAUUACCAAUGGAACUCCUAAUGAUAGCGUGCUCAAAUCUAAUGGAACAACCGAUUAUAAGCAGCUAUUAGAAGAGAAAAUAUUCGCCGAAAACCAGGUGGCUUUCCUAAAUUCAAUAAUAGUGGAUAUGCAGAAGAAAAAUGAAGAGCAAAAAGCCCGAAUAGAAAUUUUAGAGAUGGGAUACAGUCCGGCGGCAGCAGAAGAAUUAAAACAGCUAGGGUUCAAAACAAACUUUCAGAAACAACCUGCACCUCGAAUAUACUGUGAUAUAUGUGAAGAGUUUGAUCUUCACGAAACCGAAGAUUGUCCAACGCAGGCUUCUGAGGAUACACCACUCAAUGUGUCUUUGGAUAAGGAUAAAAAAGUUAAACCACCACCAAGGCCUUAUUGUGAAAUAUGUGGAGAAUUCGGUCAUGAAACGGAGGACUGUAAUGAUGACCAAGAAUUUUAGUCCGACCAGUGUCUAUUUAUUUCAGUUUUUAUUUAAUUUAUUUAACUUCUAUUGUUAUCACCAAAUUUAGUCCUAGAAUAUUGUUGUGAUGAUGUGUUAUCGAUUAAAACAAUCUAUUUUCUUAA